ACAACAGUUUAUUGAAUAGAGUUACAGAUUGUGAGCCAUUGUCUCACAUUUCAUAUCAAAUGUUUGGCGACAGAGCUGUGGAUCUGAUCCGUGAUCUGACCCGUGAUAGCAAUGAUCCGAUGCCUCCCUAUUGUCAUGAAUUGGUGGACAAAGUGAUAGAUGAGAUGAAUGAACUGAAUCAACAGAUCCAACAAUUUGUUCAAUCAAACGACGAGACCAUCGAAAGGACUUCAGAGGAAUAUCGGCACCAAUUAGUUGUGACACAAAUCAGAUUCUCGGCUCUACUCUGGAAUAAGCGAUGUCUUCUGUCUUAUCACUACAAUCGUGUGGAGCGCCUGAAACGCCUUCGAUGGCAAUUGGGAUCAGCUCUGCCUCAAGACAUCACCAAAAACCUAUCGCAAGCAGAAAUGGGAAUUGACUUGACUUUACAUCAAAAGCCUCCUAAAAGACUAUACAUUCAAGUUCGCUGUAAUACAGAGUACGGAGACUUCGAGUUAGACGACGGCACGAGUGUUGUCCUCAGCAAAGAUAGUAUGGUUCGUACCAUUCAUUUCAUGUCUUAA